AUGGCGGAAAGUAAGCUGUCGCCAUUACUAGUGCGCCAUGUUGAUCCCGGACAGAAGAACCCGACAGAUUUCCGGUAUCCAAGAUGGUAUGGAGGCUCCGCCUCAUGUAUGGCGGUAGCUGUCUCUCAUCCUUUUGAUCUCAUCAAAGUGCGGAUGCAAAUCGCGUCAAAUGGCGCUAAACAGGGGUCAAUCCAAACCGGAGUGCUCAUUGUUCGGAGUGAAGGAUUGAGUGGUCUUUACCAGGGUAUUUCGGCUGGAUUCACGAGAUCAUUGACCUACGGGACCGCCAGAAUUGCUAUUUACGAAGAACUGAAAAAGUCGCAAACCACUUCCGACAAGUCUUUCUCUAUUGUAGCACUGGGGUCGAUGGCAGCUGUUUCGGGCUUCAUCGGCGCAAUCAUCGGCACGCCAUCCGAUAUUGCAAAUAUCCGGAUGCAAAAUGAUAAGGCUUUGCCUACGCAUCAUCGUCGCAACUACCAGCACGUAUUUGAUGCAUGGUAUCAAAUGAAGCAACAUGAAGGCUGGAGAGCAUUUGUUCAAGGUAUCUGGCCCAACUGCUUCCGUUCGGGAAUCAUGACAGCAAGCCAAUUGGCAUCCUAUGAUGCUUUCAAGCGACUCCUACGGAGAAUAGGCGAUACAAGCGAAGAGAAGCCCUGGAUUCACUUCGCUGCUUCGCUGCUUGCUAGUCUGGUAGCAACUACGGUUUCAAACCCUAUGGAUGUGAUCAGGACUCAGUUGAUGAGCACUGUCAAAAGAAAUUCAGUUUUCACGGUUGUCCAAGGGUUAUUCGCUGCUGAAGGUUUUCGGUGGAUAUUCCGUGGUUGGACUCCUAGUUUUGUUCGUCUGGGUCCUCAGACAAUUGCAACUCUGGUGUUCUUGGAGCAGCACAAGCGCUUUUACCGUAGCUGGACCACAAGUCACUAA